AUGUAUCGUCGGUCUAAGACACUACACCAACCUAUCUUAAUUCUGUUCGCGUUUGUAUUAACUAUUACAUUAAUAAAUUAUUCAUCUAUUCGACAUACAAAAUGUUUAUCAUGUCCAUCAUUAAGAAACUCCACUAAACCAACGAUUUUAUUUAAUAAUUUUUCAAAUACAGAAGAUGAAAGCACUGCUGUUGAUGAUCUAUCUAUAUUAUGUUUAGAGUUGUCACAUCGUUAUGAUAGUGAACAGAAUUUACCUCAAUCACCAAUAAUUUUUCCACCUUCGUAUCCUUCUACAAAAACAUUUCGUUUUCCUUAUCGUUAUUCUCAUUGGAAAUCAUCACUUAUUCUUCCUCGUGCAUUCUCUCGCUGUGAACAUACAUUAGUAAUGCAUUUAUUAACAAUAAUUGAUAGAUUAUGUCGUCAACAUAAUAUUACUUAUUUUUUAUAUGAAGGAACAUUACUAGGAUCUAUAAGACAUCAUGAUAUUAUACCUUGGGAUGAUGAUGUUGAUAUAAUAAUACCAAAUCGACAACGAAAACUUUUUACUAAUGUAUUCAAAGAAGUGAAUAAAACAUUAAUUGGAUUAGUUUUACAUGAAGGUGAUACAUCAGAACAAGACUUUUAUAAAUUAUUUUAUAUUAAUACUCCAAUUGCUGGAGAAUUUGAAUGGCAUUUUCCAUUUGUUGAUAUUUUCUUCUAUGAACAAGAUCAAUCUUCUUUAUGGAGUUUACAAACACCCGAUGUAAAAAUUCGAAAAAGACAUAUUUUUCCAUUAAUUCUAAGACCACUCGGGCAAUUGUGGUUGCCUGCACCAAAAAGACCGAAACGUAUGUUUCAAUUCGAUCCUUUUGAUGAAUGUAGAAGUCAUUUUUGGAAUCACAGAAAUGAAAGUGAACAAGAACAGGUAACAGUUAAAUGCGAUCUUCUAAAAGAUAUUUAUCCAUUUGUUGAACAAAUUAAAAAUGAAACAAAUUCAAUUGAAGAUUUAAAAAUUAACAAUACUAUUAUUCACACUGUUAUUUUGGAGUAA